CCGCUCGGGAUGAUCUCACACACACACACACACACACACACACACACACACACACACACGGCUGCGUCAAGUCAGACAGAAUCACACAGGCGCACAGCGGAAACACGACGUUCUGUCCUUCAAAUUAAAGUACAACGGACACGCAUUUGUAAGAUCUAAUCGAUGAGGCGCCUUAAUAACAGACAUGUGAUAUUGGUUGGGUUUAUGUCAUCGUGCGGAGAGUAAUUUAAGAUGCUAACUUCACAGUGUGAGCGUUUAAAUCAGUUAACAACGGCUUUUAUUUUAGAUUGAGCCACCGGAAGUGCUGUGUCCGCCUGGCGCUAGCUUCACACUGGUCCGCUCCGGCCCAGUCAAAACAAAGCAGUGUAGCAUGUAGCAGUGUAGCCGUGUAGCUGGCCUGCUGCGGUUAGCUAGCUGUAAACAUUCAGCGUUUAUUAUCUGAUAACUUAGUGGAAAAGUAAUUUCACUGCAUGCUGUUUUAUCACUUCGGGGUGGUUUGUUCGUGUCGUCAUCGCGGCGGUUGGUACCCUCGGCUGUUUUGUUUCGCGGGCUCGUCCCGUGGGUGUUUUUGUUGUGCUGGAAAUGGAGUCGGCUAACGUGAGAGCGCUGCUCGGCGGCCUGAGAGCGGCGGCGGGGAGCGGCUGAAAACACGGAGACGAGAUCAGAGAGGAGCCGAGAAGAGAAGCGGAGCGCGGAGGGCGUCGACACUAACGAGGAAGGCGGAUUCGGUAAAGCUCCAGGUCGGUCGGCUGGUGUCAUGGAGGAGUAGGCGUCUGCGCUCCUCCGACUGGAUCGACCGACCGACGGCUCGCCCUCACCGCGGAGGCUCACCAUGGCCCCGGGCUCUCUGGUGGCGGCCUGCCGCAGCCUGGCCCUCUCCACCUGGCUGCUCUCCUUCUGCUUCGUCCACCUGCUGUGCCUGGACUUCACCGUGGCCGAGCGGGAGGAGUGGUACACCGCCUUCGUCAACAUCACCUACGUGGACCCGGCCACCUCGGAGCUCCGCACCGAGAAGACGGAGUGCGGGCGGUACGGGGAGCACUCUCCGAAGCGGGACGCCAAGGGGGUGGUGGUCCUGCCCGCAGCCCCGCACGACCGCCAUGCCUGCGACCCCAACACCCGGUUCGCUGUGCCCGCACAGGCCGGGGCCUGGGUGGCGCUCAUAGCCCGGGGCAACUGCACCUACAAGGACAAGAUCCGCCACGCAGCAGCACACAACGCCUCGGCCGUGGUGAUCUUCAACGUGGGGUCUGCUAAUGCUAACGACACCAUCACGAUGCCCCAUCCAGGUACGGGCGAGGUCGUCGCCAUCAUGAUCCCGGAGCCAAAGGGCCGCGAGGUGGCGUCGCUGCUGGAGCGCAACGUGACGGUCACCAUGACGAUCACCAUCGGGACGAGGAACCUGCAGAAGUACGUCAGCCGGACGUCGGUGGUGUUCGUGUCCAUCUCCUUCAUCGUGCUGAUGAUCAUCUCGCUCGCCUGGCUCGUCUUCUACUACAUCCAGAGGUUCAGAUACGCCAACGCACGGGACCGGAACCAGCGGCGUCUCGGCGACGCGGCGAAGAAAGCCAUCAGCAAGCUGCAGGUCCGAACCAUCAGGAAGGGCGACCAGGAGACGGAGGCCGACUUUGACAACUGUGCCGUCUGCAUCGAAGGCUACAAGGCCAACGACGUGGUCCGGAUCCUGCCCUGCAGACAUUUGUUCCACAAGAGCUGCGUGGAUCCGUGGCUGCUGGAUCAUCGCACGUGUCCCAUGUGCAAGAUGAACAUCCUGAAAGCUCUCGGCAUCGCUCUGAACGCGGAUUGCUUGGACGACCUCCCGCUGGACUACGACCUGGCCCUGGGCGGCGUUGGUGGGGUCGGUGGGGUGGGCGUGGGCGGAGUCGGGGCUCUGGCGCUGGAGGCCGUGGUGUCCGGGGCGUCCAGCGACGGAACGCUGAGUGAGGGCGGCUCCUCGGUGGUGCUGGACCCCGGCGUGAGGCGGGUGGGACUCCCGCAGGACUACCAGGACCCCGACACCCUGAGAGACAGCCCAGUGACGGCCACCACAGACACACACACAGGCGAGCUGCAGCCGAUGGCGAGCAGCGCCUCGGUGGCGUCCCUGGUCAUCACCGUGGAAACGGGUCUCUCGGACGAGGAGGGGUCCAUGGAGCAGUCUCAGCUGGGGGACAAGUCCUGAGAGGAGCCCAACAGAACCGAACCAGAACCCCCCGGGGCCAAAACAGACCCAGAUCAGGUUCAGAUUAUACCAGACUGACACAGGACCUGGUUCUGGUCUUCACUGGGCUCUCUUCUCUUUCGGACGUGUGUGUUGGUUCUAAUCUGGACCUGGUUUGGCUUCGUUUUUAUUGUCUCCUCUUGGACCGGUUGGACCCAGGACCGGACCUGGGCUAACAUGGGUGUCUUCCAGUGUGUCUCACCUGUGGCUGUCCUCGGUCCGACCAGGUGGUUCUGAGGAUGUAAACCUGUUCGUGCUGUUUGUAGACGUAGACGACCCGACUUCUCUUCGGUCUCCUCAGCUGUUGUUACUCCUGAAGCGACGGAGAGGAAGUCCUUCAUCUUCAGAUAUCGUGGAUCUUUUUCUCGACGUUCGUCUCCUGAUGUGAUCGACUCAGACUCACCUGGAUUCAAACCGGGUCGACCUGGAAGACGUCAGCUGCCAAAAAAAGGAUCCAAACUCAUCUUCAUCAGCAAAACCUGUAGGAAUCACGACGAACGCUUCUGAAAGCCGGUGGUGUGUUUUUUAGCACGAGUCCAGUCGAAGAGUCGAGACUUACCUGCGUAUUUCUGCCUGUUCUGCUCCCUGUCUCGGGACGCUUGUGGAAUAUUCUCUCACCUGGUCUUCAGGUGGAGCGACUGAACAGAACCUGACAGAACUCGACAUGAGAACUGCUGAUCCUGGAACGAUUCCACGUGGUUACUUCAACUCUUUUUUUAAAUUGUUUGGCGCUGUUUUUCUAGACGUGUGUGACGUCUACGGUGACUGACUCUUGUUUUUUGGAAAGGAAGACUUUUAUUUUGAAAGGACACGCGCUCCACAUGAUUCGGACAUUUUAUUUUGGCAGUAUUACAGUUUGACUGCAGUAUUGAUCAGCGACGACAGUGUUUUAUUUCUUCUUCUCUUUCCGCCUGUCUGUAUAAAUCCAGGCGCCUUCUAUCUUUAAAAUACUCCGACAGUAUUUGGUUUGGACGCUUCCUGUCCUCGGAUGUUUUCCCUCGCAGGGUUCCUGGCGUCAAACGGAAACGCUCCUGACUGUUUGCAGGACUUCACAGACUAUAACUGAGGAAAGAGUUUGACGUAAUGUAGAAAUCACUACGACCACUGAGGCAGAUUCUGAGGUAAAAUGUGUGAAACUCGUUAACAAAUCUUCGCUGCACCGCCGUCUUUCAACAGUUUCUGUCAUUACGCGAUGAAAACCCUCCGCUGAGCAGACGCCGCACGCUUUUAUCCACCUCUUAUGUUUAAAUCGUUUAUGAUCUCACGGGACGUAACGACAAAUUAUCACCCCGAUCAGUUCAGAGUCGAGUUUAAGCAUUUUUUCCGAUCAGAGGAAUCUGUUGUUUUUUUGUUUCUUGUGUCCGUUUGAACGUAAAAGUAAGAAAGAACCCUAAAAUUAUUACAACAUCUCUGUCGAUCCUGAUCGUCACGUUUGCGUCCUCAACAUCACCAAAGGCCCCAACAGUCGUGUAAAUAAUGACGGGUUGAAACUCAAAGACCAACUGAAUACGCCUGAUGUGUCUCAUCAGGAUCCCUGAGAUAUUAAAGGAAAUGUUGGAAGGUGUCUGAUCGCACCACGUUAAAGAAAGACGUCACUUUGGAUGAGUUUCCUUUAUAGUGUUGUGAAAACCUGGCAAGAGAAAAUAACGAUUACUGCUCGUUGGACGUCGGUUCAUCGAGACAGACGGAUGUCAAUAAACGCUGAUUCAUUAAGUUGGUUUAAUUGCACUUUGUCAGGUUUAGAUUUCAUCGACAGGCUUCUCAGAUAUUAGUGUGAUUAUUUUUGCGAUGUUUCAAGUUUCUUUUCUGAGAGUUUGUAUCAAAAAGAAAACACGACCGUCUGUUCUAAACCGAACAGAGUUUAUUUGAGUUUUACUUGCGUCGAACUUUACGAACAAAGUGUUUUACAGCGAAGUCGGACUGUGGAGACGACUGACGACGAGUUCUGACGGUUGUCUUGUUUAACGUUCAGCAGAUUCGUCAGGGAUGAUCUGAAACGAGCGGAGAUGAUGGAGAACACGGUGUUCAUCGGAGCGUCCGGUGUCUGCUCAGCUGACGCUGGAGGUCGGACACAGUCUCCUCCUCAGUCUUCCGUCGUGUAGGAACCCUGUCCACGUCCAUCGUGUUGCCUUGUCGUGUUUCCUGUCCGUCCUCGCGUCCGUCACCGUGGCCUCGUGCUGCCAUGUUACAAACCUUGACCUUUAACUCUGACAAUCAAGGAUCAGAUCGUUCACUCGCUGGUUCUCUGGACUUCAGCGUUACUCAAACCUGCAUGUGUGUCACAUCUCCACCGUGUGAGACGAGGCGAGCGACGGCCUCCCGGCUGCAGCGAGCGUUGCUCAGCUCAGAGCGUGUAAAUAGAAAAGCGUGUCCACAGACUCACGACGCCGCGCGGCUUCGCAGGCGGUUUUGCCAAACCGGCGUGCGGCGGCGUCGCCGGGCGCCGGUGAAGCUUCCCGAAAACUAAGAGAGAUAAAGAUUGUCGUCUAUUUUGAUACCAGAGGAGACGUUUAUUUUUGUAACGAAGACACCCAGCAGCAGAGACUGACCCCUCCCCCUCCUCGCUUCACCUGCUGGUUCUCAAUGUGAUUGAGUAUUGAUCGGGCAGAUUAACUGUUGAUUACUUGUGUGAUUGUACAUACGCUCAGAACACCCCGAUGAUCUGAAUCUAAACUCUGAAGUUUGUCGGUGAACAUUCAGCGUUUGAUCGACGCCACUGGUUAAUAAAACGACCUGAGAGGAGUGAAGCUCGGUGACGACCGACGCUUCAGCAGAGCCGCAGCGAUCAGCUGACUCAUUGAUUAGUCGAUCAAAAGAAAAUUGAUCAGUUUGUCAAGCUGUGAAUUUAUUAUUUUUUAAAUCUGAUUUUGUUUGUUUCACCUUCAAAUUGAACAGAGACAUAAAAGCAGGAAGAUGGAAACACUUCAUCUUUAGAGAAUGAUUAGUUGAUUCAUCGAUUAAUAAACUGAGAAAAUUAAUUUGAUGGAUUUUAUUCUUUGGUUUUGUACAAAAGAAGUGAUUUAAAGACGUCACUAUGUGUUUCCAUCAAACUGUAGCAGAUGUUGGAACAAAAUGUCAAGAAGAAAAUUAGAAUUAAACAGAAGAAGACGGAGCAAGAAAAAGUUUAUGAUUCAUUCACCGAGUUUUUUGUUAUGAAACGAUUUGUUGAUAAUUACAGAAAAAAAUAUGAAAUUUUUCAAGUUCAAAGUCAAAAUUUUGUUGAGAAAAGUCAAAACUUGAUUUUUGUUUUUUACAGUUUCACUUUUUUUUAUGUUUCCACUUAAAUUUUUGUUAGUUAUACUCAAGUUGACAAUGCAGAUAAAAACAAGAUGGAAACUUCUAAUCAGUGUUUGAUUGAUUAAUUGAUUAGUCGAGCUGAAGAAAAUCGCCAAAAUCGUCAGUUUGAGCUUCUUGAAUGUGAAGAAUUUAUACUUUUCCUCGUCGUUUCAGACGUGACGAACAUUUUUCAAAGUUUUCUGACAUUUUACAGACUAAACGAUGAAUCAAUUAACCAUGAAAACUGUUUCAUUUCAUUUCACUUCUGAAACUGAAUCAAAGACACAAAAUAAUUAAACAUUGAGACCUUUUGAACGAGUUUGCAUUAACGUAACUUCGUUUUAAAAAUAAUUUGAACGACCUGCAGACUCGAUAUAAUCCGACAUCAACCCUCCAAAUUAAAUAAACCUCAGCGGCGACUGGAUGAAGACGCAGCGCUGCCGUCACUGACUUCACGUCCUCUCAGAGUCCAGAACGUCUUCGGUUGCUUCCUCACGUUCCUCCCAGUUCUCAGUUCAGUCAGUAGAACCUGGAACACUAGUUAAUUAACCUGCUGGGUCCUGAGAGUAAAUGUGCUGUAAUAUAUGAAUGAUGACGAUGGAUUUGUACGCCUUGUCUUGGCCAAUUUUCAGUGAAUAAUGUUUUAAUUAAAGUCACUUCUUUUGUGUUUUAUAAGCUUUAUUUUCAAGGGAUUUAAUUGAGUAUGGUGUUAUUUUCAUGUUUGCACUGUUUUCAUCCGCUCGAUUUGUUUGUGUGACUGCAAAUUCUGCCGCCGAGCUGAACUCGACCCGCGUCUGAUCCGUUUCUCUUGUUCUGCUGGUGGAGACUGAGGCUGCUGUGGCACGUCGGUCCCUCGUUAGGCUCGUUAGGCUCGUUAGGAACUCGUCUGUUAAUAAGCAAAGUGACGGAUUUAAAGUCUGACAUGUACGUCUGCCUGUGUUCAGAUCAAAUGUAACUUUUAAGAACUUUGACGUCUUUUGUUGGUUAUGUUUUUAAACUUUCUCUUCAGUGUUGUUACCCGAACCGCUAGCUACAGUUAGCCGUUAGCGUUACUAUGGUGAAAUUAAAUUGAACCCGUUAGUUAACGGACAGAAAGUGAUUCUUCUUAAGCAUCCAAGGUCGUGUAGAGAGUCGAUACCACUUGUUUAAAAUGAUAAAACAUCGUCCAAAGAGCUGAAAAACUAUGAAAAGAAAACAGAAAACAGAUCUUUUAUUCAGUUCUCCCUGAAUUUAUAAUCCAGUCUUCAUCUCCUCCUGAUGAUAGGAAGUCAGGUGACGUGUUGAAGAAACAUGAAACGUCUCCGUUCAGCUCGUCUGGAUCCAUAAAUGUUCUGAGAAGACGUUAUUUAUUUUCACCCUCAGCGUUCGAGCUCGUGCAGCUGAGCGCUAACACUGUUAGCGUAGCUGCUACAGUGACGUCAUCGUUAACACUUUAAAACUGUUUUUUUUUGGUUUUGUUUUUACGUCCGCAGCUUCUUCAACUCCUACAGCUGGUCUCAAGUGCAGUUUUGUCGCGCUGGUGUUUUAUUCUGAAGCGUUAAAUUCUGCAGUCGUGAGCUUUUAUUUUGUGUUUCUGACACUUAAAAUGUGACGACGCUUCGUAGGACAGAACUGGACUUAAAAAUAUAUAAUUUAUCAAAGAAGAACUUAUAAUUAUUAUGUUAAUUAUUAUUAUUAGGUGUUUUUAGAGGUGUUCGGUCAGCGGAUGUGGGACCCUCGUGUCACUGCCAGUAAUGACGUCUGAUUGGCUCUCUCCAGCGCGCCGCUCCCUGGAUGCUGUGUUCUGAUUGGUUGCUCAGCCUCUUUUGUUAAUAAUGCACUUUAACUCUGUUUCUCUGGAAGGUUCUGGACGAGUCUUUUGUUGCUUUUACUUCUAUUUUCUCACACUCACUUCUGUGUUUUCUCUCUCUUCUAUGUUUUUUUUUUGAGAUGUAAAAAAAAAAAAAGAAGUUAGUUGGUCCACAUUAAACUACAAAUCACGUGUUUGUAGUCCGACUGCCAUAUAUUUUGCCAUAUAUUGUGAUUUUUGUUCUCUCUCCUGAAGCAGGUGAAUCCUGAGCCACCUAAUCUGACUGAGAUUAUACACUUUAAUCCCAACAAAUGCAUUUCAGUAACUGCGGGAGGAUUUUAAUCACCGCAGAGAGAAAGUUCAGCUCCUUCCAGAGAGACGACGACAGAGACGAUCUGAUGUGUUUGUAGCGAUGUUAGCUCCUCUGCUACGUAACAACAGGGUGUGAAACGGUGUCGUGUGUGUUUCUACGGUAUUAAUUGUUUUACAGAGCGUCUGUUUGUGUGGUUGUCCUGUGCACGCAAACACAAAAGUACCGACAUACACACACGUGUAAAUACGAUGUUGUUUCUGUGUUUCAGUUGUUGCACGUGUUCUGAUGCAGGACAGAAUUUAAAUAAAAUUUUAUUGCAAGUUUUUGUUUUUAUUUUA